GCCCGCGAGGUGGGGGGGCGGACGAGGAGAGUCUCGAACCGGCCACCUCGCAGCGUGGCGGAGACCCGGAAAGGGGGCAGCGGCUCCGUGAGCCCCUGGCGCCGCGCGGUGCAUUCUGGGACCCGCACUGAUUUGGGCCCGAGCCGCGGAGGGCGCCGGGGAGAGCAGCGGCUGCCGCGGGGACGCGAGGCAGCGGUAUCGGCGCUACUAGAAGCGGCGGGUUCGGGGCCCGGCCCGGAGCGGAGCCUGCCGCCCCCAGGGCCGCGGGGACAUCGCUGGGCCCAGGCCGCCGCCGCCGGGGCGGCAUCUACUCGGCCAGUCCCGCACCGGCCACCGUGGAGGAGGCGGCGGCGGACGGACGGAGCCGGGCCGGGCCAGGAGAGAUCCGAGCGCCGGGAACAACCUCUGCCCCGGGGGCCCAGGAGAGAGACCGGCGGCCGGGCCCCCCCUGCAAGUCCGGCUCCCUUCUCCGGCACCCAGGAAGCCCCACCCGACUCCUCGCUAGGGCUCCCGGGAGCCGAGACUACUCCAGCCGCUCAAGGGAGCGAGGCCUCGGGAAAGGGGCCCUUCCCCAGGCCGGCGCUCUCCUGGGGCCUCCGGCAGGGGAAAAGCCUCCUGCCUCCUAAUCCACUCGGGUCUCUGGGGAGAGGAGAACAACCCCAACACCGCAGGGACCUCGGCUCCAAACCAUCGAUCUCUCCCUCAGUUAGUCAGUCUCUAGGUCCCGGGACCCACCUGCCCCCCGCCUCUGGGAUACCUGUUGUUUAGUUUUAGAGGGAGGACUGGUUUACUGGGCUGGAUCAGGACCUCUCAGUGCCGGAGCCUCUUCGGAAGAGUCAUUGGUGUAAGGGUGAGUGUAAGUGGAUGGAACAAUAACCCAAAGUACAAAUACCCCAACAGCCCCUCCCGACUUUCAAAACAGCAUCUAGCGGCACCCACCACUGGGAUUAUAAAUGUGUGAGAGAAGACCCAGGAAACUGAGGGAAGGAAAGGAUCCUACUGUUACUAACAGAGGGGAAAAAAGAAAGAGUUUUUCUAAAUACCCCACAAGAAAAGCCAUCCCCUCUUUUCUUUCAAUUUUUACUCUUUUGAAUAAUGCGAUUGUGACCUUAGAGGGAUUUCUGAACCAUGCACUGUUGAAGCUUGUUGCACCAGCAGGAUAGAAGUGGUUUUGCCUUUGCACAUGCUUCCCCCACUCGGGCUGUUGCAGGAACUGUGGGCUAUCAGUAGAGAGAAGGGAAGCUGAGACUGGCUUCUUUGCACCCAUUCUUUUUUGCCUGGGGGACUUCACUGGCCGGCUGAAACCACUGCUGCUCCUACUGGACUUUUUCUUUGCUCAGCAGUUUUAUUUAUCCAUUUGUGUGUGGGGUUGUUUAGUAAAUGGACAUUGUACCCAAGGUGGAUGGCUACUCUACAGCCUGAAAGGUGUCUGGGGAUCACACAAAGCUGCUAAAAGAACAGGAAAGAUCUGGGGUUGCUGGAAUUUUGGGGGCUGUUUUCAAGCCAUUUUGUUUCUUCGAACAAGAUGAUGUGUGAGGUGAUGCCAACCAUCAGCGAGGCAGAGAUUCCCUCAGGAGGAAAUGGAGGCCAUGGUUCAGGCUCUCCUUUACAGUCGGAUGCUGAUUCCCAUUUUGAGCAGUUAAUGGUAUCCAUGUUGGAGGAAAGGGAUCGACUUCUGGACACACUAAGAGAGACUCAAGAAACGCUAGUAUUGACCCAGGGCAAGCUACAUGAAGUCAGUCAUGAAAGAGAUUCCUUGCAGAGACAGCUCAAUACUGCACUUCCACAGGAGUUUGCAGCACUUACUAAAGAGCUUAAUAUAUGCAGGGAACAGCUCCUCGAAAGGGAAGAAGAAAUUGCUGAACUGAAAGCAGAAAGAAAUAAUACAAGGCUGCUAUUGGAACAUUUGGAAUGUCUAGUCUCCAGACAUGAGCGGUCCCUUAGAAUGACGGUUGUUAAGAGACAGGCUCAGUCUCCAGCAGGAGUGUCUAGUGAAGUUGAAGUUCUCAAAGCACUAAAAUCACUAUUUGAACAUCACAAAGCCCUUGAUGAAAAGGUAAGGGAAAGAUUACGAGUAGCACUUGAAAGGUGUAGUUUAUUGGAAGAAGAACUAGGUACUACGCAUAAAGAGUUAAUGAUUCUGAAAGAGCAAAACAAUCAGAAAAGAACACUAACUGAUGGGGUGCUGGAUAUAAAUCAUGAUCAGGAGAAUACACCAAGUACAAAUGGGAAGAGAUCUUCUGAUGGUUCUUCAAGCCACGAUGAAGACCUUGCUAAAGUUAUAGAACUCCAAGAAAUUAUAGACAAGCAGACCAACGAGCAAGGCCAAAUGAAAGAACGUCUCACUGCUCUUUCUAGCAGAGUAACAGAGUUGGAAGAAGAUCUUGACACAGCUAGAAAAGAUUUAAUAAAAUCAGAAGAAAUGAGUACAAAGUUGCAAAGAGAUGUACGAGAGGCCAUGGCCCAAAAGGAAGACAUGGAAGAGAGAAUUACAACUCUUGAAAAACGCUACCUCGCUGCACAGCGUGAAGCUACAUCUGUGCAUGACCUCAAUGAUAAACUUGAAAAUGAAAUUGCUAAUAAAGACUCCAUGCACCGACAGAGUGAAGAUAAGAACCGCCAGUUGCAAGAACGACUGGAACUGGCUGAGCAAAAGUUGCAGCAGACUUUGAGAAAAGCUGAGACUUUGCCUGAGGUGGAGGCUGAACUGGCACAGAGAGUUGCAGCACUUUCAAAGGCUGAGGAGAGACAUGGCAACAUUGAAGAACGGUUACGACAGAUGGAAGCACAAUUGGAGGAAAAGAAUCAGGAAUUGCAAAGGGCUAGACAAAGAGAGAAGAUGAAUGAAGAACAUAAUAAACGUUUAUCAGAUACUGUUGAUAAACUUCUGUCUGAAUCCAAUGAAAGACUUCAGCUUCAUCUCAAGGAAAGGAUGGCUGCUCUGGAAGAUAAGAACUCUCUUCUUCGAGAAGUUGAAAAUGCAAAGAAGCAAGUAGAGGAUCUUCAACAUGAAAAGGAUCAAUUGGUACUAAAUAUUGAAGCAAUGAGGGCUGAAAAUGACCAAAUGAGGAUCAGAGCCACAUCUCUUCAUCAUAGCCGACCACAUUUGGGUAGUGUACCGGAUUUCAGAUAUCCGAUGACACCAUUAUCUGUGGCUGACAGUCAUACAGAUCCCUAUAGCAACUCAUCAGUGUUAAGACGGCCCCAGAAAGGGCGUUUGGCAGCGCUACGAGAUGAACCUUCAAAGGUUCAAACCCUUAAUGAACAGGAUUGGGAACGUGCACAGCAAGCAAGUGUGUUGGCAAAUGUAGCACAAGCAUUCGAGAGUGAUGUUGAUGUCUCGGAUGGUGAUGAUGACCGAGAGACUAUAUUCAGUUCAGUUGAUCUUUUGUCACCUAGUGGUCAGGCUGAUGCUCAGACUUUAGCCAUGAUGCUUCAGGAGCAAUUGGAUGCAAUUAACAAAGAGAUUAGAUUGAUACAAGAAGAAAAGGAAAAUACGGAGCAGCGAGCAGAGGAAAUUGAAAGUCGAGUUGGUAGCGGGAGUCUAGAUAACAAUGGACGAUUUCGGUCAAUGAACUCCAUUCCCCUUCCUUUUAUUGGUGGGACCCUUGCUGGUUCCUCUCCUCCUGGCAGUGGCCGUUCCACACCAAGGCGAAUCCCACAUAGUCCAGCUCGGGAAGUGGACAGACUAGGUGUUAUGACACUAUCUCCAGUUUCUGGAGAAGAAGUACGAGAUGACAAGACCACAAUAAAAUGUGAAACAUCACCACCAUCUUCUCCUCGAUCUCUGUAUUUGGAUAGAGUCCAUAAAGGAGCUUUGCAUACAUUGAGCCACGAAGACAUCAGGGACAUAAGAAAUUCUACAGGUUCUCAAGAUGGGCAAGUAAGCAACCCUAGUAGCAGUAAUAGUAGCCAAGAUUCCCUUCACAAAGCCCCUAAAAAGAAGGGGAUCAAAUCCUCUAUAGGUCGCUUAUUUGGUAAGAAAGAAAAGGGUCGACCUGGACAAACCAGCAAAGAAUCAUUGGGACAAGUUGGCUUGGCAGAAACAGAGAAUUCAUCUCAAGAUGCCUUAGGACUCAGCAAACUUGGGGGACAGGCAGAAAAAAACAGAAAAUUACAGAAAAAACAUGAGUUGCUUGAGGAAGCUAGAAGGCAAGGUCUGCCUUUUGCACAAUGGGAUGGCCCUACUGUGGUGGUGUGGCUAGAGUUAUGGGUAGGGAUGCCAGCAUGGUAUGUGGCCGCUUGCCGAGCAAAUGUGAAAAGUGGUGCCAUCAUGUCUGCCUUGUCUGAUACGGAAAUACAGCGUGAAAUUGGAAUCAGUAAUCCUCUGCACAGGUUGAAACUGAGGCUUGCCAUUCAAGAGAUCAUGUCACUAACAAGUCCAUCUGCCCCUCCUACGUCAAGAACGACCACGGGAAAUGUCUGGGUAACACAUGAAGAAAUGGAAAAUCUUACAGCCACGCCACAAACGGAAGAUGAGGAGGGAAGCUGGGCUCAGACUCUAGCGUACGGUGAUAUGAACCAUGAGUGGAUUGGCAAUGAGUGGCUCCCCAGUUUGGGGCUCCCUCAAUACCGCAGCUACUUCAUGGAAUGUCUUGUUGAUGCUAGAAUGCUAGAUCACUUGACUAAGAAAGAUCUCCGUGGACAACUUAAAAUGGUUGACAGUUUUCACAGAAACAGUUUCCAGUGUGGUAUUAUGUGUUUGCGAAAAUUAAAUUAUGACCGAAAAGAACUUGAAAGAAGAAGAGAAGAAAGCCAGAAUGAAAUAAAAGAUGUUCUUGUAUGGAGCAAUGACAGAAUGAUUCGCUGGGUACUGUCAAUCGGUCUUAAAGAAUAUGCAAAUAACCUUAUAGAAAGUGGAGUUCAUGGUGCACUUGUGGCCUUAGAGGAAACUUUUGAUUUCAAUGCAUUAGCUCUGUUAUUACAAAUACCUACUCAGAACACACAGGCUCGUGCUGUUUUGGAGAGAGAAUUUAAUAACCUUCUUGUUAUGGGCACUGACAGGAGAUUUGAUGAAGAUGAUGAUAAAAGCUUUAGACGAGCACCUUCAUGGAGAAAGAAAUUUAGACCAAAGGACAUAAGAGGCUUAGCUGCUGGAUCUGCAGAGACUCUUCCUGCAAACUUCAGAGUUACCUCCUCAAUGUCUUCACCUUCUAUGCAGCCAAAGAAGAUGCAAAUUGAUGGCAAUGUAUCAGGAACACAAAGGCUGGAUUCCACUACAGUAAGGACUUACUCCUGUUAAAGGCGUCUGUGGUUUACCCACACUAUUUCUACCGGUGAUAUGCAGCAUUUUGAACUCAAAGACCAUAUUUUAGAAAUCAGUGGAAUCUUUAAUUUGUUAAUACUUGUUAAAUGGACACUUUGAGAUAUUUUAUUACAGAGUUUUUAAUUAGCAAAUAAAUUCAUGAGUACCAUAGAGAAAAUAUUUUAGAAUUAAAUGUUUCUUAUAUUUAAGUAAACCUAUGUGACUUUUCAUUUAUGUAGUUACUUACCUUUUCCAUCUGUAUUCAGUCUAUAAAUCAAAUCCUUGCUGAUUUUAUCCUUAAUUUGUUAGUCUUUCCAACUGAAUGUACUGUAAUGCUUGUAAGUAUAUGACCCUAUGAGCAAUAUAGGGCUUUUGUAAAUUAUGCAGUUAUUGUAAUUAUCAUUGGGUUUUUUAAUAAUGAAACUGAAGGUGAAAAGGAUUUUACUGUCUUUGUAAAAGUAUCAUGACACCAAGCAGUAUAUAUUUUGUCUUUUUUGGAAAUAUUAGCUAGUUCUAAAAAUUAAAUAAACCAGUCUUUUUCAGAUAAGCAUUGAGAAACAUUUUAGUAACCAGGUCUAAGAGAUUAUUUUUAUUUCUGUUGGUAGUUGUACCUCUUUCACAAAGAAAAUUUGUCAGGUAGUGUGAAUUUGUCUUCAUUUUAAUGCUUUAGUACAUUUUUAAAACGGGGGAACAUAACACUAUGGAACAUGUUUUAGAAUUGGUUAACUCCUUCAUAACUUCCAGUCUGCUGUAUUUGUAUAGCAUGUCUUUACAAUGACUGAACGUAAGCCAUAAACUGAGAAAUGUUUUCUCUCAGCCAAGGAAGGACUUCAUAAUAGCUCCUGGUAGUAAUCCACAGGCCACAAAAAGUGCUUUCCUCCCAUAUCCGUUUGAUUAAAAACAUUUGUGGAAAGGCACUGAUGCAACUAUUCUUAGUGGACCAAUCAUGAAGCACUGCAGUCUAAUGUAAAAAAAGAAUCGUAAAAGAUGAAGGCACAGUAUGCUGAAGAAUAAAGUAGUGCAACUUCUAAUAAAGGCCUUAUUUUUCCUAUGUAAGUCAUCUUUUUGCAUUUGUUUGUAAACUUGUUCUAAAAAAUUGUCCAGAUUUUAAAAAAAAAUUUUAUGGUUGUAGCCAUUUCAGGCUUUGCGUAGAAAAUGUAUCAUUGAAUGGCACGUUAAAAAGCCAGUAAAAAAUUUGUUCAGAUCAUGGUGCAUUAUUUAUUAUGCAACAAUAUAUAUAGCAUGUCUUUUUUGUUUGGUUGGUUGGUUUCUUCUCUUUAGUUUAUUUGUACAACUGAAAUUCAUUGUUACUGUUUCAUGUUUUUUCUAACAAUCUUUUUUGUGUACUUCUGAUUAUGUAACGAAGUAUGUACAGCCUAAGUACUUUGAACUAUUUUUACCACAGUAUUAUUUAUUGCUUUCUUUCAAUAAAGUUCUGAAGCAUUUUUCCACUGCCAAUAAAACGCUAUUGAAAAAACUAAGAUGUAAUCGUAUGCAAAAAUGAAGCUAUUUUUGUGGUGAGUGCUGGAGAGUUGUCAAUAAAGCAUCUUAACAAUU